AUGGCCGUCCGCCGUGCAUCUAACAUGAUCACCCCUCCUGGGCUCACUGUCCCCAUGAACGAGGAGAAGAACAUCCAGAUAACUGAGAAGGCCAACAAAUCUAUCGUUGGCCUAUGGAGAAUUGGCUCACGAGCCUCUUGGUCCGACGAGCCUGAGGAGCACCCCUCGUCCAGUAACAUCAAGUUGCGUACCGAGAAAGGAGCCAUAGACGCCCAUGUCGUCGUCACAAGCUACGCUCGAGAUGACCGCCCUCAAGUCGAUGUGUCGACCACUACUGGCCCUCUCACCAUUCGAAUGACUCGAACUGAGAACUCUCGAUUUGACCUACGUGCCGAGUCCCAUUCCGGUGCUAUCACCGUGUAUCUUCCCACUGAUUUCCAUGGAGUAAUCAUGUAUCGAUCAAGGCACCUUGCGACGUUCUCUCGCCUUGCAGCAAGCCUCCGUGGGGUUACAAUGACAAGCGCACCCAUCGGGUGCGACGGUGAGGUCGAUUGUGACAACACAAUGGAAGUAAUCUACUCUGACCGCGCUAUGUGUUGCGACGAAAUUCCCAAAGAUUGUGAUGGGAUCAAAAUCAAUUCCCCUCGAGGCCGCAUUCAUUUCCUGGUCGCUGGGGAACACCCACCUGCCUUUGGCGGAAUGUGGGAUCACCUUAAGACUGCCAUCGGGUGCGGACUCGAUGCCAUCACGGAUGAUCUGGACUCGAAUAUUCACUACCCUCUAAUUCAGCUCUUCAAUACACUAUUCUUCCUCUGGUUUACUGCCGAAAACCUUUUCGUCUUCACGUUGUCUUUGGGUCUCCGUGAUCCUACCGAUGUCGAUCCCAUCCCAUACCCUCGCUAUGGCUUCGGUGUCGGACGCCGCACGCUAUUGACUCCAGCUCCUUGGGCAUUCGCAAUCCUAUUCCUUGUGCAUGUGCUAUUCGCUGGUUCAAUUGCAUUUGUUCAGUGGACUGAGCGGGGCAAAGAAAUUAUUAUUCGUGGGCUUACUUGGCGAUGGUCGGCCCUGAUGCUGACUUCUAUUGUAUGGACCGCUGCAUGGAAAGAGUUCCGUGUGGUCUCUGGGUUUAACUGGCGCGAAGAAGUCUUUGUCUAUAUUCCAUUUGCGUUAUAUGAUGGUUGGACUUUGUUUAUCUUCACGAUCUCUACAUUCGCCGCGUUCGCACCAAAUGCGAUCUACUCGGGCUUAGGAACAAAGAUCGCCGCCAUCUGGCUACUCUCGCUUCUCGUCGCAACAGCUCACGGCCACGCAUUCUUUACUCCAGGGGGGAACAUUCCGGGAAACGUGGCCGUGACCUGGGGCAUAUUCGCGAUCUUUGCGGAACAAAUCGAACCGUCAGUAAAGUGGGCCGCACUCGCUCUCGGCAUCAUUUCGGUCUUUGCUAUCGCGCGUAGCGUGUACGUGAUAGCAGAAGACAUCAGGGCUGGAAUUGGAGGUGGUGCGAUUAGGCUCCCACCCGAUGAGGAGCGCGUGCCAGCGAAUGGUGCGAAUGGAACCAACGGUCACACUGGUAGUGCUUAG